GUUCAUCACCACGUGCAUAUUCGUGAAUCAGUCCAAGGUCGGCCACGACGAUCCCCUCGGCACAAGUGAUUCAGUCCAAGGUUAGCUCGACGCCCUUGGAAGAAGGUGGUGCACCAGUCAGUCACGAAAAUGCCUCGCUUUUGUGUGAUCCACGCGGAGGAUGCCGUCGAGCGUUGGAAGAAGCGCAACUAUAGCGACAUGUUUAUCGACGGCUUGACGCAAGAAGGCGACUCGUGGACAGUUGUGAACCCUGCAACCGGUGACUCGUUGGCGUCAAUUCUUCAAGACAACUACGACGGAAUUGUCAUCACGGGCUCUCAUUACAACGUCCGUGACCAGUUGCCGUGGUACGAUGCAUUGAUCAACAUCAUUCGGCACGUGGCGGACACUGGCGCUCCAAACUUGUAUGGCGGUUGCUUUGGUCAUCAACUUGUGGCGCACGCGCUCGGUGGAGUCGUGGGUCAGAGCGACCAAUUUGUCAUGAAGGCGGAAGACGUGCAUUUCUUGCCGUCCUUCGCCCACUACUCGGGCUCUGAAGAAGUGACAACGUUAAACUUGCUUGAAGUUCACGGCGAUUGUGUCGUCACCUUGCCUCCCGAAGCCAAAUUGGUUGCGCAGUCGGCUUCAUGUGCGCAUGAAGCUUACGUGGUGGGGUCAAAGAACAACAUUUUGUGUGCGCAAUCGCAUCCCGAGUUUGAUGUGCAGUAUUGCUUCACGGAAAUUCUGUGGGAUUUGUGCAAGUCUCGAAUUGGAAGUACUGAAGCCAUUGCUGAAGCCAAAUCUACAUUGGACGCGUACGCGGACACUGAUGCCAAACGUUUCUUGACUCUGAUCAGUACCUUUCUUCGUCAAAAGAGAAAUUAGAUAAAAUUCACCAACAUGCAAAGGCUAGACUUGCUUAAAUUCGACCGAGAAGGGCCUGCAUGGCAAGGAGGUCGUUUGAAUUGAACUUGUCUUUGAUAUCCUUGAGCUUGCUUUGCAUUUGAUGUCUUCGCUUCGUUCGACAGCCUUCCAUCCUCUUUAUCAAGACUUUCAUUCGAUCUUGCAACAAGCUUUGUCCAUUUUGCAUGACGAUUUCCUUCAAUUUUGAGCAAUCUGAGAGCAAGUCG